AUGGAGGUGUGGGGCACAGCUGUGGCCGUCCAGCAGCAACAGCCACUGUCAUCAUGUGGGCUUCGGGAGGUGUUAGAGGAGCAUCUGCAAGCCCUGAACAUCCCAGUGGUCAGCGUGGAGCACCCCAAAGUGUUCACUGUUGAAGAAAUGAUGCCUCAUGUUCAGCAUAAGAAACAAGGUCACAGUAAAAACCUUUUUUUUUUUUUUUUAAAAGACAAAAACAAGAAAGGGUUCUGGCUGGUAACAGUUCUGUAUGACAGGCAAAUUAAUUUAUAUGACCUCGCUAAGAAACUGGGUGUUGGGAAUGGAAAUCUGAGGCUUGCAGAUGAAAAUGCCAUGCUGGAAAAACUAAAAGUAGGCCAAGGCUUUGCAACAAAAAUGGCCCUGUUCUGUGACCACAGAGAUGUGAAAUUUGUAUUUUCAAUGACAAACUCAGCAACCAUGGGCUUAAACCCUGAAGACUUUCUAAAGUUUGUGAAAUCAACAGGACAUGAUCCUAUCAUCAUGCGUUUUGAUGGAAAUAUGAAGUAG